AUGCGGAGGAACGUCGUGGCUUUACGUGUGCCAGCACGUACAGCCUUGCAGGCCACUGUAUCGGCCUCCCCACGCACAUAUGCCCCGCGCCGCGCCAUGGCGCAGGCGGCGGCGCACAACCACCGUGCUAGCUGGCCGCGUGUCGCUCUGCCACGCGCUACGCCGCCGCCGACGAGUGAGCGCAGCUUGACCCUACAGCGAUUGUAUGCGCAACACCGACCUCUCUUGGAGCAUGAGCAACUGCCCGCGCGUCCUACGCGCCUCAUGCAGGGCGACACGAUUGUUGUCGAUAGCGAAGACCUCGUCGUGCCGCGGCCCAACAUGUGGCGCCGUCGUGCACGGUCUGUGGAUGCAAAGACCUUUUCGGGCCUGAUCGAUGGUCUGGCUCGUCUCUCUGUGACGCCUGGCAGCAAAGUCAGUGGCCGAAAGACCCGCACUACUCGCCGUGCCUCCUCGCGUGGCUUUGCCCCUUCGUCGCCUGUCGUGCAGGCCGCCUCGAAACACAUUGAAAAGCUCGAGCGCGAUGCGGACGUGCGUGAACAGGUCAUUGCCAAUGCUGUGGAGCAUGGCGAAGAUGUUGAGCGCGCUGCGCGCCUUGGCGCCGAGGCGGAACUCGUCGUGUUGGGCGAGCCGCAAGGCGCUCACAAAGAUUGGGCGCCAGGCGUGGCGACACACCUUGGAUCGCAUACCCAGCCGUACGUCCCGCCGUCGGCGUUUUCAUCUACAUCCCCUCGCCGCGUUCGGGCGCGCACAGUCGACGACUUUGACGUGGCCGAUGAGGAUGCUCACUUGUGGCUCAUGCAGGGCUUGGUGCACACGCGCGUCGGCGCGGACCACGACUGGCGUUCGUGGCUGCAAACGACAUUGGGCCAUGACGAGGAUGCGUCUGUGUCGCUCGACAGUGUGCGUCGGAAACGCAGGAAGAAGAUGAACAAGCACAAGUACAAGAAACUGCGGAAGCGUCAGCGUGCGGAGCGCCAACGCUUGAAGAAAUAA